UGCCGGGCACACUGCUUGCCGGGCCAUCAAAUUAUUAUAUUUCGCCUAUGGAUUGACUUCCAAGUUAUCCUCCGAUAGACCCUGCCGGACCUCUGAAGAUAAGCGCCCCAAAUGGUGAACAUCUCCACCAUCAACUGGCUCUUUGUCUGCGGGCUGUGCUUCUGCCUGGGCGGCAUUGGCGUACUCAGCUUUAUGCCCCUCAGCUCCGACUGCAUCUGCCCACUGUCCAACCCGCUGGCCAAGGCGGGCGCAGUAGGAUUGAUGCAGAAGGUGCCCCCGGUGGAGAAGCAGCCACAUGAACACAAAGCCGCCGCUCACAAGAUGGCCCUGCUGGUGCCAUUUCGGGAUCGCUUUGAGGAGCUGCUCCAGUUCGUGCCCCACAUGACAAGUUUCCUACGGCGCCAGAACGUGGCGCACCACAUAUUUGUGCUCAAUCAGGUGGACCGGUUCCGUUUUAACCGGGCUUCGCUGAUCAACGUGGGCUUCCACUUCGCCAGCAACGUUUACGACUACAUCGCCAUGCACGACGUGGACCUGUUGCCGCUCAACGACCAGCUGCUCUAUGAGUACCCAAGUGACUUGGGCCCGCUGCACAUUGCCGGACCCAAGCUGCAUCCCAAAUACCACUACGACAACUUCGUUGGCGGCAUCCUGCUGGUGCGGCGCGAGCACUUCCAGCAGAUGAACGGCAUGUCCAACCAGUACUGGGGCUGGGGCCUGGAGGAUGACGAGUUCUUUGUACGCAUCCGGGAUGCGGGGUUGCAGGUGUCGCGACCUCAGAACAUCAAGACUGGCACCAACGACACAUUUAGCCAUAUCCACAACCGCCAUCAUCGAAAACGGGACACGCAGAAGUGUUUCAACCAGAAGGAGAUGACCCGCAAGAGGGACCACAAGACGGGCCUGGACAACGUAAAGUACAAAAUUCUGAAGGUCCAUGAACUGGCCAUAGACGGAGUGGAUGUGACCAUCCUCAAUAUAAUGCUCGAUUGUGAUGUGAAUAAAACGCCGUGGUGCGACUGCUCCGGCACGGCGGCGGCUGCCUCGGCCGUACAAACCUGAGAGGUUGUGCUUAACUAAAGAAUCGUUUGCCUAGUCCAAUCCUA